AUGAAGAAGUCUAAUACGACGACGUCUAACCUCUCCCAAACGCAAACGCAAGCGCCGACGCCGCCGACGACGACCUCUUCACCGCUGAAACAAACGAUCGCGGUUGCGUCAAUCGCAGCGGGUAUUCAAUUCGGGUGGGCCUUACAGCUCUCGCUUUUAACUCCUUACGUUCAGCUUCUAGGCAUUCCUCAUAAAUGGGCUUCACUCAUUUGGCUAUGUGGGCCUGUUUCUGGAAUGCUUGUUCAGCCCAUUGUUGGGUACCACAGCGAUCGCUGCGAAUCGCGUUUUGGUCGCCGUCGUCCUUUUAUCGCCGCCGGAGCUGGGUUAGUCGCGAUCGCCGUCGUUCUCAUCGGUUACGCCGCCGAUAUCGGCGUGAUUCUCGGAGAUCGUGUUGGUGUGACGCCGAGAACGAAAGCAAUCGCUGUUUUCGCCGUCGGAUUUUGGAUCCUCGAUGUUGCGAAUAACAUGCUUCAAGGACCUUGUCGAGCUCUGCUCGCUGAUCUAUCCGGGAAAAACGGGAAGAAGACGAGAACGGCGAAUUCGUUCUUCUCGUUUUUCAUGGCCGUCGGAAAUGUUCUCGGAUUCGCCGCCGGGACUGUCACGCAUCUUCACGACGCGUUUCCUUUCACGAGGACGAGAGCUUGCGACGUCUACUGCGCUAAUCUCAAGAGCUGCUUCUUCUUCUCGAUUCUACUUCUGUUGACGUUAACGGUGUUCGCUCUUUGGUACGUCGACGAGAAACAAUGGUCACCGGAGACGUCGGAAGAAAACGGCGGAGAAGAGGAGAAUCAGAACGAGAUAACGGAGGAAGUAACGGCGUCUAAAAGAGUAGUUAAACUUCCGUUAUUUGGGGAGUUAUUUGCUGCGGUGAAGGAUAUGGAAAGGCCAAUGAUAAUGCUUUUAGUGGUGACGUGUCUUAAUUGGAUUGCUUGGUUUCCUUUUCUUCUCUUUGACACUGAUUGGAUGGGGAGAGAAGUGUACGGUGGCGAUUCAGGAGGAAACAACGACGGCGCUCUGCGGUUGUACAACAUCGGCGUACACGCCGGCGCGUUGGGGUUGAUGCUGAAUUCCGUCGUACUCGGGUUCACUUCGCUAGGGCUUGAGUGGUUGGCGCGUAAAGUUGGUGGUGUGAAGCGGUUAUGGGGAAUCGUGAAUUUCAUUCUCGCUUUCUGUUUGGGUAUGACGGUGCUGAUCACGAAGUUGGCUGAAUCGAGCCGCCGUGGCUCCGUGCCGGAGAUGGUUUCUCCGCCUGUUGGUGUCAAAAUUGGUGCUUUGUCGCUCUUCGCUCUCCUCGGUGUACCACUUGCUAUAACUUACAGCAUUCCUUUCGCUUUGGCAUCCAUAUUUUCUUCUUCUUCUGGUGCUGGCCAAGGACUGUCGUUGGGAGUUUUAAAUCUUGCAAUUGUCGUACCACAGAUGGUGGUGUCGGUGGGAGCAGGACCGUUUGAUGAGAUGUUCGGAGGAGGGAACAUUCCAGGUUUCGUGUUGGCGGCGGUGGCUGCGGCCGUUUGUGGAGUUUUAGCACUCACCGUGCUUCCUUCUCCACCGCCGGAGGCAGAUAUUCUCAAAGUUUCCGCCGUGGGAGGACAUUAA